AUGACCGGCGAAUUCAAAGAGUUGCCCAUUGAGCCACAUGGUAUCAUCUGGCAAGACAACUUCAUCGAUGCCGAGCACGAGCAAAGACUCAUUUCCAUCUUCCUUAAUGAGCUAGAAUGGCCUGAUCGCAACGGUCGUCUAUCACUUCACUACGGCUAUACCUUCGACUAUAAAACAUUUGGAAUAGACCCGGAAAUCCCUUAUAAAGAAUUUCCAACAUGGCUGCAACCACUCAUUCCAACCACCGAGGACCGCCCUCCAGACCAAGUCUGUCUGCAGUACUAUCCUCCAGGCGCCGGCAUUCCCCCUCAUGUAGAUGCACACAAGCCAUAUGAUCAACUCUAUGCGCUAUCCCUUGGUGCACCAGCCAUGAUGGUCUUCCGGAGAGGUGAUGUGCGUCUCGACGUCGACUUGACACCACGCAGCAUGAUGCAGAUGAGUGGGGACUCAAGGCUACACUGGACUCAUGGUAUUAGGAAGCGCAAAAACGAUACCCUGGCUGAUGGUACUGUGAGGCCGCGUGAUAAAAGAUGGAGUAUCACAUAUCGCUGGCUCCGAGAUGGGGAUUGCGAGUGUGGAAAUUUGGAUCUAUGCGAUACGGCGCAACUACGCAACGGAAUUGAAAAGGAGAAGCGAUCGCUGAAGGCAUUGGCGGAGAAAGCCGUUGAAGCACCCAUUGAAUAG